CUGCACAUACUAACCAUAAAUCCACUAUAUCUCCGACUGUCUGUCGGGCUGCUCUGCUGACCAAAACUCGGGCCACCAGGAUAAGAAAGUCAACUAAAAAAACAAACUAAACGUACUAUUAUCAUCUCUGGAUUCGCCUUUGAUCGCGACAACGGGAGAGAGUUGCGAGGCAAAAGUGCGACAUUUUCUUUCCCCUCGCUGUUCUCGCGGAGAAUGAGCUGAAGGAAGGGAAAGAAGGGAGAGAAAAGAAGACGAGAUAUCUUCCUGAACGGUCCUGAAGUUGACGGGUUUUUUUCGUGUCGUCUACUACUUCAUGAAGCCUUCUGAACUGGAACAAGGGCAACAAAAAAAAAGCAAACUCUAAGGCUGUGGAGACGUCGAGUGUUUUUUGGAGACAACUUUACUUUCCGGUUCGCCGUGAAGCAGCGAGAGGAUGUUAUCUCAAUUGAGAGAGAUGAUAUGGGCCGACUGGAUUUGGUUCCCCGAAGGCCACGGCUGGGACGACUUAAAGGAUCACGAUGGCAAAGUCUUUCCCAAAACACAAGACCUGUGGGCUACUAUACCCAUAGCCAUCGGCUUCCUCGUCUUGAGACGGAUAUUCGAGCAGACGGUAGCGCUUCCUAUGGCCUCUCUGCUGGGAGUGAAAGAUAAACAGCGUCUUUGUGCUGCUCCAAAUCCCACCCUGGAGGCUCAUUUCUGCUCCACGUCCAAGCAUCCCACUCAGAGCUCCGUAGAGAAUUUAAGUAAACAGACAGGUUGUUCAGUGCGACAGGUCCAGAGGUGGUUCAGACGGCGGAGGAACCAGGACCGGCCCAGCAAGCUGAAAAAGUUCCAGGAAGCAUGUUGGAGAUUUACGUUUUACCUUGUUGCUUUCUUUGCUGGCCUGGCGGUCCUUGUUGACAAACCAUGGUUCUACGACGUGAAACUGAUAUGGGAGAAUUUUCCACAAAUGCCGCUGUUGCCGUCGCAGUACUGGUACUACGUGAUUGAGCUCGGCUUCUACUUCUCACUGCUUUUUAGCGUAGCGUCCGAUGUCAAACGUAAGGAUUUCAAAGAGCAGAUAAUUCACCACAUAGCCACCAUCUCCCUCAUCAGUUUCUCGUGGUUAGUCAACUACAUCCGGGCCGGGACUUUGAUCAUGUUGGUGCACGAUGCCUCUGACUAUCUGAUGGAGUCAGCCAAAAUGUUCAACUACGCAGGUUGGAAAAGAACUUGCAACUUCAUCUUCACUGCGUUUGCGGCAGCUUUCAUCAUCACUCGCCUCAUAAUCCUCCCAUUCUGGAUCAUCCAUACGACGGCCGUGUACCCGCUGAGUCUCUACCGCCCCUUCUUGGGCUUCUACUUCUUCAACGGGCUCAUGGUUGUGCUGCAGAUUCUGCACGUCUUCUGGGCAGCGCUCAUCUUGCGCAUGGUUGUCAAAUUCUUGCCAGGCAAUCAGGAUAUCGUUGAGGACGAACGCAGCGACAAGGAGGAGACAGAGUCUGACGAUGAAGAUGAAAGUCACAUGCAUAAGGAAAAGUCUAAAAAUGGACAUGUGCAGAACGGUCACACUGUCCUCAACAACAACCACAGUAAAAUGGACUGAUUUGGACAUGGAGAGCCAGGGAAAAGGUUACAAAAGGAGGUUUGACGAUGGGACCUCAUCUUGAAGCCAAAGUACGUGAGAAUGUCAUGAUGAAAGAGGCAGCCUGCAGCGCACGUUCAUACCUUUGUCCUCCAUUUCAAAAACCCUGUUAGUCCAGUAUCGCCUCGAUGAAUGACACUAAAUUAAAAGAGAGAGGAGGGGCAGCGAUCUGCUUGGUACCUUUAGCAGCAGAGUUGGUUUUCUAAUGUCCUAUUUCUUCUCACCUCCAGUGUCCUUCUGAUUUCUGCUGAGAUUUUGUGCUGUUGACACGGUGACGUUGCCACAUGUCAAACCUGCCUGCUUGUAGCUUUGUUUUAUUAAUGGAAGUGUUUUCAGGAGACUACGGUUGGGACUGGCACUCCCUCACUGCAGUCUGUUAACACUUUUUUAAGUAUUAAUGACUUUCGACUUGAAAAAUGUUUCGUUUUGAAUUAAAAAAGAAAAAGGCUGCCAACAUUUUUGAUGAGCACUAAUGUGAAUGUGGCAGUGACUUUCCGUGGACCAUAAAUCUCGUACCUAAAGUCCAGAGUUUAAUUCAGUAACAAGUUAGUCCAGGUGUUGCAGCUGCAAUUUUGGAUCUUCACUGUGGAUAAAUAACAAUUUUGUACGAACUGAGAGAAGGUGCUACAUCUGUUACUUGUUCUGAAGUUGUGCCUUUUGUUGGAAGUUUGUCUUAAAAUCCCUUUUCUUCUCAGAAGCAAUACGCAUCAUUUUUAAUAAGUUAAAUAUCUCUUAGUUGUAUGAUUUUUUUUUUUUUUUUUUUUUUUUUUUUAAUUUUAUUUUGGUUUGUUUUAUUUGUUGUUCAGCUCAAUUUCUAUUUGGGAGCAAUUUGUUUGAGCGUUAACCAAAACAGACCGACAGAAGAAUCAGUAGCAUUUCUACUUGGUGCCUUCGCUGCCCUAAAAUGCACUUUACGGCUCUUCUGCAGCUCGGGAUAGACGAAAAUUUAGUAUAUCUGAUUACAUUUUUACAAUUAUUAUUAUUUUAUUUUAUUUUUUUUUAGUUGGGAGAGGUUGUGACUGAUUUAAUUUUCUUUGAUAGGUUCACUUUGUUUAGAAAAGAAAAGUUAAAGGAACUCUCCGAAUCUCCAGUAGACUGAACACCAAAGUAUGGUUUGCAAUUUCCCAUCACCUCUUCAUUUGCAAGUGCCUUCAUCAUUUUAAAGUGUUUAAUGAGCAAAAAAAAAAAAAAAGAAAGAAACCUU